CAUCGGGAUCUUCCCUCCUUCCCCAACCCAAAACUGCGACCAAAAAUUCGGUGCUAGUGCUCAGGAAUCAGCCAGCCGCACAACUCAACUCCAGUGACGCCAAGCCAAGGAGCGCCUCCGUAACCCUCCUUCUAAACCUUUCCUCCCCUGGAAUUCUAGGGUUUCGUGUUCCAUUUGACGAUUUCCCUUCUUCCACACCCAAACUUCCGCACUUCGAACUCUCCUUCCGACAAUGGCGACGUUCCCCGCUCUCGUCUCUCCCUCCCGGACCACUUGCGCCUCCCUCCGCCGCCAAUUGCAGGUCAUAUGGGAUGAAAUUGGGGAGGAGGAUGGGGAUAAGGACAUGAUGCUUCAGGAACUCGAGCAACAGUGCCUUGAUAUCUACCGUAGAAAGGUUGACUCCAGCAGAAAGCACAAAGCUGAGUUGGCUCAGUCAUUGGCUGACGGGGAAACUGAAAUUGCAGACCUGGUUUCUGCUCUUGGGGAAACUGCCUCAUUUCCUCAGUCGAAGAGGGUAAAAGGCUCUUUGAAGCAGCAAUUAUCCGCCCUCAAACCUGCUUUGCAAGACUUGAGACAGAGGAAACAAGCACGAAUGAUCGAGUUUCAUGAGACUCAGUUACAGAUUGCUCAAAUCUGUGCUGAAAUUGAAGGAAAUGAUAUCAACACUGUCCAUCCAACAAUUGAUGAAUGUGAUUUGACUCUGAAGAGGUUGGGCGAACUGAAGUCACACCUCAAGGAACUUCAAACUGAAAAGAAUCUACAUCUACAUAAGGUUAGCAGCUCUAUCGGCAAAAUUCAUGAGCUGUCAGUUGUAAUGUCAAUUGAUGUCUCCAGUACCGUUGCUGAUAUCCAUCCCAGCUUAAGUGACCGUACUCAGUCAAUGAGCAUAAGCAACGGCACACUAGCUCGAUUAACUAAGGUGAUACAAUCAUUAAGGCAAGAGAAGCUGGACAGGCUACGUAAGCUCCAAGAUCUUGGGAAGACACUAAUGGGGCUAUGGGAUCUCUUGGACACAAAUGUAGAGGAACAAGAAAAAUUUGAUCAUGUUACUUCAUUGGUUUCUUCCUCACUGGACGAGGCAUUAAGAAAAGGCUGCCUUGCAUUUGAGGUCAUUGAGCAGACUGAGAUUGAAGUUGAGAGAUUGAAUGCUCUCAAAGCCAGCAAGAUGAAAGAGUUGGUAUUGAAGAGACAAAACGAGCUGGAAGCAAUAUACAGAGAUGUUCAUAUGGAUAUAGAUACUGAUGGAGCACGACAGACUCUUAUCAAUCUGAUUGAAUCUGGAAAUGUUGAGCUCUCAGAACUGCUUUCCAGUAUGGACAAUCAGAUAGCAAACGCCAAAGAGCUAGCACUGAGUCGUAGGGACGUGUUGGACAAGGUAGAGAAAUGGAAGCAUGCUUAUGAGGAAGAAAAGUGGCUUGAAGACUAUGAAAAGGAGGAAAAUCGGUACAGUGCAGGAAGAGGUGCGCAUGACAAUUUGGAACGUGCAGAGAAGGCAAGAAUUCUGAUCAGCAAAAUACCAUCUAUGGUCAAGAGUUUGACUUCAGAAGUGAAAUCGUGGGAGUUGGAGAGAGGCAGGUCGUUCCUGUAUGAUAAGGUAAAGUAUAUUGCUGUCGGCAUAAACGUGAAUCUGUUGGAUCUCCCUAACUGUUCUGUAUUUACAUUACUGUCCUUCUGA